AUGGGGGCUGGGCGGCAGGUGCCGGCCUGGCUCGGCGGCACGGUGCCGCCCCAGCCGCCCGAGGGCGGCAGCUGCCGCCCUGUCGAAGGAGGCGGCAGCCCUCGGCCUGCUCUGGGCGGGGGUGUCUGCCUGGAGGGCGGCAGGCUGCCGCCCAGUCGGUGGGGCGGCAGGGCCCCGCCUGGUCUGGGCGAACAGGUGUCGCCCAAGCUGUGGCGGGCAGGUGCCGCCCAGGGCGUGGGGGGCCAUGGCACCCGCCUGCGCGGGGCGAACAGGGCCCCUGCGCGCGCUGGCGGGCUGGCCUCGCCCGCGCGCGCGGCAGGCCCCGCCCUUGCGAGCACUGGGCGCAAGCCCCGCCCGCGCGCUGGCGGCAGGCUCGCCCGGAGGGCGCGCUGGGCGGCAGGCCUCGCCCGCGCCGGGCGGCAGGCCUUGCCCAGGAAGUGGGGCGGCUCCUAA